GUUGUUUCAGCUCAAGAAAUCUUUUCUAAAAGAAAAAAUAAAGUUAUUGAAUAGGUUAACUGUUUUGCCUUUGGACAGAUCUGGAAUCACUACCAAAUAUUCUACAAAAGAAGUAUGCAUUGAUCCGUGAUCUGGACAAAAGUUUGCAAGGUAUCCUAAUUUUUCUUCAUCAUGAAUGUUCUCCUUGUCCUACUUGCUUCUGUUCCGGUGGCCACCAAAAAUGUAGUAGAUACACACAUACAACAGCUUGAUCAAUAUUUGAAAAGAUUUGAUGAGGAGCUCCGGCGUGAAAGAGAGAAUGCUGCUGCUACUGCUGUUUUGCCUACUACAAGUCUUGAUGGCAGUGUGAAAUCUGGAAGUAGUGAAGGUGGAAGGGGAGGGCGUAAGGUGGAAGGGGAGGGCGUAAAAAGCAUCCACUCAUCCUAGAUAUCCUUAUUGAUGCAGGAGCAUAGGGCUCUUUUUAACGAUUAGUUUUAGGGCUGUUUGUUUUGCAUUAAGUUUGAGUUUUAUUUGGAGUCUAAGUUUAAUUUUAGGAAAGUCAUUUUUAAUCAGGAUUAGAAUUAGUAGCUUAUUAGGAGUUCAUAGUUUGUUAGAAGUUCAAAUUAGAAUUGAAUUAGGAUUCUUAGCUCUUGUUGUAUAUAUAGUUAUUCUUCUUAGGUUUCAAGUACAGUUUUUGUUAUGAAAUUUUAGUUUGAGAAUAAGCUUGGGGUUGAAAACCUAAAUUUUCUUGGUUCCAUCUUUAAUUUUACGGAGUUCUUAGUUUCUGUUUGUUCUACUCCUACCUUCCCAUUUGGUUUCCUUAUAGAUUGCUUAAACUUGUUUUUGUUAGCUGUUAUUGUGCUAUUGAUUCUUGCUUUUGCCUUCCUGAGGAAGUCAUUUUCUCUACUGCUUGUGCAAGUUGUCUGAGAUCAACCCAGAAUUGAACCGACCUGAAGUGGAUGAAGUGAUUUUGU